GUUGGGGAAGUCCCCACUGGUCUGCCAUCGUUUGCUAUACCGUCGCUUGAAGGAAUAACUGAUGUUAUCCCCAACGGGUUCAUGGUUUCUCUUAUGUGCUUCAAUUCGAGUUAUGCGCCUGCUAAAAAAUUUGCUAUUGUUGAUCGGUAUGAUAUUAAUGCAGGAAGCGAGUUGACGGCCUUGGGAGCAGCCAAUAUAGUUGGUUCGUUGUUUGGUGCGAUGCCGGUCCAAGGUGGGAUGUCCAGGACGUCUUUGGGGUAUGCUAGUGGGGUUAAAUCACAGGUAGCUGGCCUAGUAGCAGCAGUAGUGGCAAUAGGAGUGUUGGCAAUGCUCACUCCCCUCAUGUAUUGGAUACCACGUUGUGCAUUAGCGGGUAUUAUUAUAACUGCUGCUACGCACCUUAUGGAUUUCAACCAUGCGAAAUGGCUUGUACACCAUAGCAAGAAGGAUACUGCUGUAUGG